GGGGCCAUAAAGAGAUGAAAACUAGGGACACUUCCUUGUUGCUGUCACACAAGCGGAUGGAAAAAGUAUUUCUGGACACGUAUGACUUUUAAUUCCUUCUUGGAACUGGUCAGCAAGGGUGUGUUGUCCCCGGUUGCCAUUCAUCAAAGUCAUAGUUUUUAGACGUAUACGCUUUGAUGAGGGUUACAUUUCCAACCGGUUAAUAUAUUUAUUUAAGUGCCUUUUUUUGGUUUUUAAUUUUAGUUAGAUGCCUGUGAUACAAAAAGGAUUGUCCAAAUGGUGAUGUUAAAAAAGGGGGACCACUUCUGGAUUGACUCCAGUAUUGGGGUCCCUAUUGGAGGGUGUGUGAAGAUCUCAGAGAGUGGACGCUAUUACCUGACUGAUGAUGAAGGGAAGGACCACUUUAUCUCGGAGGGAGAGAGGGCCAGUCUUAAGCCUAUGCACCCCACCUCAGUGGAGGGUGUGGAUGACAUGAUCAGACUGGGAGACCUCAGUGAAGCUGGUUUACUCAGAAAUCUGCUAAUGCGCCACAGACAGGGUAUUAUAUAUACCUAUAUUGGCUCUGUCCUAGUGGCAGUGAAUCCCUAUGAGAUGCUGCCCAUCUACACAGCUGAUCAGGUGCACCUGUAUCACAAGCGUAAGCUGGGCGAGCUCCCACCACACAUCUUUGCCAUUGCUGACAGUUGUUACUUCAACAUGCGCCGCAAUAACCGCAACCAGUGCUGCAUUAUCAGUGGAGAAUCUGGUGCAGGAAAGACCGAAAGCACUAAACUGAUUCUUCAGUUCCUGGCUGCUGUGAGCGGGCAGCACUCCUGGAUAGAGCAGCAGAUCAUACAGGCCAACCCUGUCCUGGAGGCCUUUGGGAAUGCCAAAACCAUUCGCAAUGACAACUCCAGCAGAUUUGGGAAAUAUGUGGAGAUCUUCUUUAAUAAACAAGGUGUUAUAGAGGGAGCUCACAUGGAGCAGUACCUGUUGGAGAAGUCUCGUGUCUGUCAUCAGGCACCACAAGAAAGGAACUACCACAUUUUCUAUUGUAUGUUAUCUGGGAUGCAAAGUGAGCAUAAGAAGACUCUCUCCCUUGGUAAUGCAUCACAGUUCAAGUACCUGACUGAGGGGGAUUGUUUGACAUGUGAUGGUCGGGACGAUGCUGAUGAAUUCGGACGGAUUCGCGCUGCUCUAAAGAUCCUCACUUUCUCAGACAAGGACUGCUGGGAAAUCUUCAAAUUACUGGCUGCCAUUCUCCACAUGGGCAAUAUCAACUUUCAGGGCACUAUAAUAAAUAACAUGGACAGCUGUGACGUUCUGUCAUCAAAUAAUUUUUCUGUCUCUGCCAAGUUGUUGGAGGUAGAAGAUGCAGUUCUUGAAAAGAGUCUUACCUAUCGCUCCUUCAUGACAAACAGAGAGAUAGUCGCCAAACCACUCAGCUCAGAGCAGGCCACAGACACCAGAGAUGCUUUUGCCAAGGCCAUGUACGGAAGGCUGUUUGUUUGGAUGUUCACAAAAAUAAACAGCGCCAUUCACAAACCCCAGACUGAUGAGUCCUCUUACACGCGCAAGUACAUUGGACUGCUUGACAUUUUUGGCUUUGAGAAUUUCCCUCAGAACAGUUUUGAGCAGCUGUGCAUUAAUUAUGCCAAUGAGCACCUGCAGCAGUUCUUUGUGAGACACGUCUUUAAGCUGGAGCAGGAUGAAUAUAGUAAAGAAGGCAUCUCAUGGAAGCGCAUUGCUUUCAAUGACAACCAGAAAACCCUGGACCUGCUGGCCGUUAAACCUCUCAACAUACUGGCUCUGAUUGAUGAAGAGAGCCACUUCCCUAAGGGAACAGAUGCCACAAUGUUAAACAAAAUGAACCAAGAACACAAUGGGAACAAACUGUACAUCUCAUCCAAGAGCAAACAUGGCAUGCAUUUUGGGAUUCAGCACUUUGCUGGGCUGGUUCAUUACGACUGUGAAGGUUUUUUGGAGAAGAACAGAGAUGCCCUGAGCAUGGACAUGAUGGAGCUGGUUCGGAAAUCUUCCAACAAGUUGCUCAAGCACAUCUUUGAGAAGGAGAUGAAUACAAACUCAGUCAAGAAUGCUAACAAAGCCAACAAGAUCCUCAUGACGCCAAAGAACUCAUUACGUCAAGUAAAUGAUUCGAGGCGGCAGAUAUCUACUCUGAGUGGCCAGUUCCGUCAGUCUCUGGACUCUCUGAUGAAGGCCCUGUCUCUUUGUCAGCCUUUCUUCAUACGUUGCUUCAAACCAAAUGACAAAAAGAUGUCCAUGGUUUUUGAUAGAGAGCUCUGCAUGCAGCAACUUCGCUACUCUGGAAUGCUGGAGACCAUUAGAAUACGCAAGUCGGGAUAUCCCAUCCGGCACACCUUUAAAGAUUUCCUGUACCGCUAUCGUGUGCUCCUGAAGACUGUAGAUUGUGACCCCAAAACUGAGCCUCCUUCCAGCUGCUGUGCAGCCAUCUGCAAGGCUAUGAUCAAAGAAGAAGAGGACUGGAAGAUUGGCAACACCAAAAUCUUUCUCAGGGAUCAUCAUGAUUCCUACCUAGAAAUGGCGAGAGAGCAAGAGCUUUAUAGGAAGGCACUUAUCAUCCAAAGAGUGAUGCUUGCCCAUAAGGACAGAGCAGCUUUUGUAAAGAAGAGGAGGGCAGCUCUGGUUUUGCAGAAAAACUGGCGUGGCCACAGAGACAGGAAAGACUUUUGCAAACUCAAGCAGGGAUUUGCUCGGCUGCAGGCGAAAGUGCGCAGUCGGCAGCUCCAUACAGAGUAUAAGCGCAGGCGGGCUGCAACCAUCACUCUACAAACACAGACCCGUGGCUACCUCGCCAGGAAAGACCUGAAAUGUAAAAAAAAGGCAGUGAUACUUCUGCAGACACAGACCAGAGGACUGCUGGCCAGGAAAACCCUCAAGAGAAUGAAAUCAGAUGCGUUUUUGACUGCGCAAGAAAAAGAGGCUCAGGAACUGGCAGCACUGGAGCUUCAGCAACGCCUAGAGGAGCUGCUCAGAAAAAACGAGGAAGCAGCCAAAUCCCAGACUAAGGAAGAUGAGGAAAUGGUGGAGAAUCUCUUUGGCUUCAUUCCGAGUGCAUUAGGAGGACAAGAGGGCCCAGCCCCUGAGGGUUUUGAGGAUUUAGAGGCAGAGCCGGUGAAGUUAGAAGAGGUUGAACUAGUAGAGAGCCCAGUAAGGGAGAGGAAAGUGAUGUCAGUACCAGACAUCAGCGAAGACGAUCUAGAUGAUAAAGAGGAAGAGAAAGAAGCUGAGGAUAAGAAAGAAGCUGAGGAUGAUGAGUUCUCUUUCGCUAUAUUUGCAUCUCUACACUUUCAAGGAUCUUCUACCCACUCACAUAUCAAACAGAGAUUGCGGAAACCCCUGCUCUACCAUGAGGAUGAAGGGGAUACCCUGGCCAGUUUGACAGUAUGGUGGAUCAUACUAAGAUUUAUGGGAGAUCUUCCAGAGCCGAAGCAAGAACGUGUUUCUGCUAUAGCCGACCCCAUUCAGAGAAACCUCGGUCAGAGACAAGCACGACGACUUAGUAACCUUGUUGGAUUAGAUCAGAAAUUUUUGAGAAAAAAAAUGAAGCAGCAGAAGGGGACAGGGAAACGAAAACACUCAGCCAUUCCUGAAGAAGAGCCAGAAGAAGUACCACAACCUAAAAUGGAGGCUGUUCAGGAGGAAGAGGAUGUAAUGUUUGGAGAGGGACCAACUUUUGAUCGUCCAAUGACACCCUUGGAGAAAUUACACACUAUUGUGGGAUAUGCCAUUGUACGACAAGAUAUAAGAGAUGAAAUCUACUGUCAGAUCUGUAAGCAGUUAACAGACAAUAAGAACCACAAAAGUGCAAACAGAGGCUGGAUCCUUCUGUCCAUCUGUUUGGGCAUUUUUUCCCCUACAGACCGCCUCACUAAGUACCUGGAUAGCUUUAUAUGCCAUGGGCCGAGUGAAUACUCCUCCUACUGUGCGGAGCGACUGCGGAGGACUUUAGCCAAUGGAGAAAGAAGUGAGCCACCAUGCUGGAUUGAACUACAGUCUGUAGAGACCAAGAACCCCAUUGCAGUGGUUGUGAGUCUGAUGGAUGGCAGAAGCAUCAACCUCCAUUUGGACUCAGCCAGCACUUCUGCAGAGGUGUGCAAUACAGUUAUCCAGAAAAUAAACCUGAAGGACACUUAUGGCUUCUCCCUAUAUGCUGCAAUGAAUGAGAAGAUGUGGUCUCUAGGCAGUGGCAGUCAGCAUGUCUUGGAUGCCGUGUCUAUGUGUGAGCAGGAAGAAAAGAGGCAGGGGAGAGAGGAACAGCAUGCUCCUUGGCGCCUCUAUUUCCGCAAAGAAAUCUUCACUCCGUGGCAUGACUGUUCAUCUGACCAAGUCAGCACAGACCUCAUCUAUAGGCAGAUCAUCCAUGGACUCAAACAUGGAGACUAUCAGUCUGAUAAGGAGGAUGAUUAUGUGCAGCUCGCAGCCAAACAUUACUAUAUAAAGCAUGGCUCUGAAAGCAGUAUGGAAACUUCCCAGAAGAUUGUUCGCGAGUGCAUGAACAUGACUAUAAUUGAGAACAAGUCUUUGGUCAAACUAGUGCAGUUGGUCCAUUCUGCACACACACAGGGUCCUUACAUAAACUCUACUACACCUGCCUAUGAAGUGAAAGGAGAGAUUGUCCAAUACGCACGGCAGAAGUGGCCAGUCUAUUUCUCCAAGUUAUAUGAGGCUCGCAUGAUUUCAGGUCCAUCAAUGUUUGAAGAACAGUUUGUAGUUGUCGUGAACUGGAAGGGGGUCUUCUUUCAGGACGAGACAGAAGCCGCAUUUCUGCAGCUCUCUUAUCCUGAGGUGUCAAGAAUCGAAAUGAUGAGUGAGGAAAAGUCUAGUGGGAUUGUAUGUUUGACAACUCCAAAGGGGAUGUAUGAGCUGAAGGUUGUGAAGGGAAAAGAAUUUGUGCAUCUGGUCAACAAGUUCAUCUCAGGGCUUAAGAAGAGAUCUGAGUAUGCUGUGGCAAUACAGGACCUUAGCAGACAAGAGGAUCCCACAAUGCUGAGCUUCAGAAGGGGUGAUGUGCUGUUUAUCAUAAAGGAUGGAGAAUAUGCUUCUGAAGACGGCUGGAUCAAAGCAAGGAAUGAGAGGACAAGUCAAACUGGAGCAGUUUCCAUAGAUGCUAUUCAGAUUCUACCGAUGUUGACUAGGCCUACAGAAGAAACACUGAAUUUGCUGAAUUUGACCCCAGCACGGAGAAAGUCAGUGAUGCCGGUCUUGCCGCAGAUGGAGGAGAUCAGCACAGAGAGAGUUGCCCACAUGACUCUCAAGGAGUUCUCUUUCGAUUAUUUCAGGGAGUCCGGUAAGGAAGGAGGUCGUAAGGGAGGAGCCAAAGAGAAACUAUGGGCCAACAGCAAAGAGCCUCUGAAACAACCACUGCUCAGGAACCUGCAGGGCAACUCAGAGCUCUGCCAUCUCGCUUGUGACUCCUUCACAGCUAUCCUUAAAUAUAUGGGAGAUUAUCCAGUCAAACAUGUGCGAACACCCAUAGAUCUAACAAACCAGAUCUUUGGGCCAGCAACAGCGCACGUCGAGCUAAGAGAUGAGAUCUACUGCCAAAUAAUGAAGCAGAUGACUAAUAACAAACAUGGGUUGAGUAUGGAGCGAGGAUGGCAGCUGUUGUGGCUGUGCUGUGGUCUCUUUCCUCCAAGUCAGUUGUUACUGAGGCAUGCUCAACGUUUUCUGGAGUCCAGACCCAGAGAGCCACUGGCCUCCACCUGCCUGCAGAGGAUGCAAGCCAUGCUCAGCAUCGAGGGAAGGAAGUUGCCUCCUCACCAGGUGGAAGUGGAUGCCAUUCAGAAUAACAGCACUCAGAUCUUCCACAAAGUUCAUUUUCCCAACGAUACAUCUGAAAUAUUUGAGGUGACCACCACCACAAGGAUCAGAGACUUAUGUCGCAAAAUUUCUAAAGACCUCCGACUCUCCUCAUCGGAUGGAUACAGUCUGUUUGUGAAAACAGCCAAUAAGGUAGUAAGUAUGGAUUCUGAAGAGUACUUUUUCGACAACCUCAGGCAACUCACAGAUCAGGUCGUUAAAAAAGGAAAGAAAGUCAAGGAGGCUCCUUCAACUAUUGUUCCUUACCUGGUGCUCUUCAUGAGGAAGCUCUGGUUUAAUGUGAUCCCAGGGAAAGAUCUAACCGCUGACCUAACGUUCCACUUUCCUCAGGAAGUGCCGAAGUAUUUGCGGGGUUACCAUAGUGUGUCUAAAGAGGACAUGAUCUUUCUGGGAGGACUGCUGCUCCGUACUCGGAUUGACACGGAUAAGUCACAGUUUGUCAUGAUCCCUCGAAUGCUGAAAGAUCUGGUUCCAGCUGAUCAGCACAGGAUCAUGACUCCUGAGGACUGGAAAAAGCACAUCAUCAACUCAUAUAACAAGCAGGCAGGCAUAACUGUAGAUGAAGCCAAACUCCAGUUCCUGAAGAUGAUCUCACAGUGGCCCACCUUUGGAUGUGCUUUCUUCGAAGUAAAGCAAACAUCAGAGAAAAGUUACCCCAGUGUUAUCAUGAUAUCAAUCAGCAAACUAGGAGUUAGCAUCACCAACCCUAAGACAAAGGAGGUGCUUGUGAUGCAUCUAUUCAGUAAGAUCACUUCCUGGUCUAGCGGAAGCACCUAUUUUCACAUGACCAUUGGCAAUCUAGUGCAGGGCAACACUCUGCUCUGUGAGACCUCACUGGGUUAUAAAAUAAGUGAUCUCCUGUCCUCUUACAAGAACAUGUAUAUGAAGGAGAUAACAGUGGUGCGGCCCAGAAAUCAAUUGUUCUCUUGAAUCAUCAUGUAGUAUGAUCAUUUUUGGUAGCAUUUUUUUAAUCUUUUACCAUAAUAAUUUGUUUUGGUAAUUUUGGUGUACUCUGAAUGUAAAAUUACAAUUUAUCAUUACUGUCGAAAAUCACUUUUUAAUAUGCAUGUAA